AAUACCCUUAGUUGUUGAAAGCCUAUAAAUAAUUAACUUUGGGUUCAAGAUCUCAAUUAAUUUCAUUAAGAGGAAAGAGAGAAAGCGUAAACUUUCUCUCUACCGAAUCACUUCCCUCUCCUUCUCCGCCCUCUCACUCACCAUCACAUUGCGCUGAUUCACCACCACCAUCUCCUCUGCUGCUUGACGUCUCACCGGCUCCGAUCGUGAAACUGUGAUUAUCAACUUCAAAGGAAUUCCUUGGUAUACGGUCCGCCACGUAAUAAGACCUUUCAAUAAAUAUUUGCAAUGGAUUCUUCUAGUGGUUAUUUACCAUUACCACUUAACCAAUACGUUGGCGUCAAGUUUAGGCCAACCGAUCAACAACUUCUUCAUUAUCUUUAUAGUAAGAUUAAUGGUCAACCAUAUUUUCAAGGAGCUAUUUUCGACUUUGAUCUUUAUGGUGGAACCGAGCCAUGGGAAAUCUGGCAAAGUUUCAAAGGAAUCGAUGGUGAAGAUCUCUACUUCUUUACUAAACUCAAGAGGUCAACGAAGAACUGUGGACAAUUGUCAGCACACAUCAGUCACAAGAUUGGGUUAGCCAACGUCACUUGGAGUGGCGAGAAUUCAGCCACUCCAAUUUUCGCAAAUGAAGAUGAUGAACAAAUAAUUGGUUACCGCAAGCGCUUUAGGUAUGAGAAUGACCAAGUGGAAGAACACCAUGGUGAAUGGAUAAUGCAUGAAUAUAGAUUGCACCAAAGUUAUUUGGCGUACCAAGAUGUGGAUCAUAAUUAUGUUUUAUGUCGAAUAAGGAAGAAUGAAAGGGCUAAAAGAAAAUUAGAAAUACGUGAGUUGCAACAACCCAAUAAGAAAAGAAUGACGGCACCAAAAAUCUAUCCUAAUAAAAGACUAAAGACAAAAGCAAAAGAAAGUUGUUUAGUUGAUCAGUUGCAACCGAUAGAGCCAAGAUUAAUGAUACGUCAGACGAUCUACAACUCGAAUAUCAUGCCUGAUAAGACCACUUGUGAAGAUAUCAGUGUUGUGGACCACGUACCGAAUAUGACUGCUAAUCAACAUAACGUUUAUACGCCUUUAAUGGCCACAAAUAUUGAAAGCAAUAAUUUGGGUACUGGUCUAAAUUUAGGUGACUUGAACGACGACGAAUGGAUGAAUUGUAUAAAUCUCGAUGAAUUGAACGACGUUCACUUUCCAUUUUACACCGAGGGCAACUUCGACGAAAUUAAACAUCGUGUAUUUUCAAAGUUUGAUGAGAGAUAGUUAUUCAUUGUA